AUGUCUCCUCCCAAGUACGAAGACGACGGCGGGCUGGCCCCUGUGCCGACCAACGACGACGACGUCAUUGCGCCUGCCUACAGCAACAGCGGCGGCGAAACGGACCUCAAUGACAGCAAGGAGACCAACGAGAAGGUCGGCCCCCGGCCCUCGUCGCCCUCGGUCGGCGACAUCCGCCGCAAUUCGUCGGGCGGCUCGUCCGCCGACCGCCUGGUCGAGAAUAACGCCAACCAGCUGCAGCGCCGCCUCAAGAACCGCCAAAUACAGCUUCUGGCCAUUGGCGGCUCCAUUGGCACGGCCCUGUUCCUGAGCAUCGGCAACGGUCUUAUUCGCGGCGGCCCCGGCAGUCUGUUUAUUGCCUACACCAUGUACAGCUGCAUCCUGGGCCUGGUGAACAACUGCAUUGCCGAGAUGACCGUGUACAUGCCCGUCAGCGGCGGUUUCAUCCGUCUGGCGGGCCACUGGGUCGACGACGCCUGGGGCUUCAUGGCCGGCUGGAACUUUUUCCUGUACGAAGCACUGCUCAUUCCGUUUGAGAUCUCGGCUCUAUCGGUGGUUCUAUCCUAUUGGCGCGACGACAUCCCCCCGGCCGCCAUUUGCGCCGCCGCUAUUGUUGCCUACAUUCUGCUCAACAUCUUUGCGGUCAAAACCUACGGUGAGGCAGAGUUUUGGCUGUCUAUUGGCAAGCUGAUUCUUAUCUUCAUCCUCUACUUUUUCACGUUUAUCACCAUGGUCGGCGGCAACCCCAAGCACGAUGCGUACGGCUUCCGUUACUGGAAGAACCCAGGUUCGUUUGCCACGUACUUGUCCGACGGCAGCAUUGGGCGCUUCGAGGGUUUCCUGGCAGCUGUCUGGUCCGCGUCGUUUACGGUCGUCGGCCCCGAGUACAUUUCCAUGGCCGCUGCCGAGGCCAAGCACCCGCGUGUCUACAUCAAGACGGCCUUUAAGACGGUCUUUUGGCGGUUCGGCGCCUUCUUCAUCUUGGGCUCGCUGUGUGUCGGGAUUGUCGUCGCCUACAACGACCCGCUGCUGUCGGCCGGUGCCGGCUCCGGUACCGCCGCUGGAUCGCCCUACGUCGUCGCCAUGACCAACCUCGGCAUCCGCGUCCUGCCGGAUGUUGUCAAUGCCCUCUUGUUCACGAGCAUCUUCUCGGCGGGCAACACCUACUGCUAUUGUGCGUCGCGCAGUCUGUACGGCCUGGCCCUGGAGGGCCGCGCGCCGCGGGUCCUGACCAAGUGCUGGAACGGCAACCCGCUCUUCUGCUUCGCCAUUGUCAUCUGCUUCUCGCUGCUGUCGUUUCUGUCUGUGAGCAGCGGCUCCAACGUCGUGCUGACGUGGCUUGUCAACCUGAUCACGGCCGGCGGCAUCAUCAACUACGUCGUCAUCACGAUGACCUACAUUUGCUUCUACCGCGCGAUGAAGGUCCAGGGCUUUGAUCGCUCGCGGCUGCCCUACAUUGGCUGGUUCCAGCCGUACGGCGCCUACAUUGGCUUUGUCUGGAUGUCCUUCGUGGUAAUCUUCUACGGCUACUCGGCUUUCCGCCCGUGGAGCGUGGACAACUUCUUCACCUACUACACGCUCGUCCUUCUCGCGCCGAUCCUGUUCUGCGGCUGGAAGCUGAUCAAGCGCACGCACUGGCUCCGCCCGCACGAGGUGGACCUGGUCUGGGAGACGGAGGCGAUCAAGGCGUACGAGGCGCAAGAGACGGAUCCGAUUAUGGGUCUGUGGCAGGAGAUUUUGGAGAUGGUGGACAUUACCAAGCUGCGCAAGAAGAAGAAGUCGGAAGUGUAA